AUGGCUGCAAAAUUACCUUAUUUAUGUCUUAAGGAAAUUUUCGAAUAUAUUUUCAUAAAUCGUGCCGCAACGAAAUUGUCAGAUAUUUUAUCUUGCAUUCAUGUUAAUAAGGAUUGGUGUAAAAUUGCUAUCCCAAUUUUAUGGAGAGACCCAUUUGAUAAUAACCUUCAAUUCGAACAUGUCACGAAGCUAGUAGAUGUAUAUAUCGCUAGUUUUCCACCAACAUUACAAAAUCUUUUAAACCUUCCAUCAAAAGAUUUGUAUGCAACAAAUCCAAGCUUUAAUUAUGCCAAAUUUUUGCGAAGGAUGAACCUUACACAAAUUCGUGCAGCUUCUAGUCAUUGGCUAAAACACAAGAAAAUAACAUCUAAAUGUCCAAUUUUCGAGCAUUUAUGCACGCAUUUUGUUAAUUCUGCACAAACUCUCAGAAUUAUUGAAUUUAAACCCGAAUUCGAUGCCAUUGUCAACGUGAAUAUAUUUACGCUUCCUAAUGCUUCAAGCAGUCUUUAUUAUAUCAGAGAAUUCGAUUGUUACGGUGAGCCAAUCGAUAAUUUGUACGCGACUGCCGCAAAUGUUGCCACAAUGAUCAAAAACUUAAGAAUAUCACUCGUACAUGGCUGUCCAAUUAUGUCAACAACUUUGAAUGAUAUAUCAACUUUAAUCAAGUCACAGAGACAACUUGAAAAAUUUUAUGUGAAUAAUAGAAUCGGUUGUUUUUGUUGUCCACAAGAUCUUUCUAUGGCAUUAAAUUUAACAAAUGUAUUUAGUUCGCUUGGUUCACAAGCAAAAAAUUUGUUAUCUUGCCACUUUUUUUCUAUCAACUUCCACAAUGAUUUUCCCUUAAAACAACUAGCUGAAUGUCAAAAUCUUCAAGAAUUAAUUAUUUCAAGAUGUUGGAAUUUUGGAACUCUCGAUUACUCUAAUGUUCAUCUGAAAUCAUUUGCACGUUUAAGUACUAUCGAAUUAAUAUUAUCUAUUAUCCCUGAUAUGUUGGUCAAGACUUUUCUCAUUCAAUCUGGUAGAUCUCUGAGAAAAAUUAAGUUUGAACAACAUUCUUUGCACGGAACUUUUUCUGAGACACUUCAAUUCUGCGCUGAAAAUAAUCAAAAUAUCACAAAUAUAUUGGCUUUUAUUUAUCCCGAAGAAAUUUACAAACUUCCAAUGUUUUUCAGUGCCUGCCAGCAAUUAGAGCAGCUCGAACUUUGGGACAAAAACACUCCUAAUCGAAGAGGAUAUGAGGAUUUACAUUAUUCUAUGAGGACUGUUGAAACAAUUGACGUUAAUGAAAUCUUACCACGCCUUGGAACUGCAAUUCCCCGUUCUUUGGUAAAUUUUAAGAUAAACAUGAAGUGGUCUUUUACUUCUGCUUCACUUGAAAACUUUCUCCACGCUUGUCAAGCCCCAUUGGAAUCUUUGAGUUUUGAACAUUGUGAAUGUUUUUCUGAAGAGCAUUUGGAAACUGUUAUUCAAUCGUUAAAGACACCUCUAAAACUUUUAAAUAUCAUGCAUGCAAAUUUUGAAGUUACGUCAAAGAUUCGCGUAAGGGUGAAAUACAUGAUCAAAACUAUUCUUAACAAGCCGGCUCAUAGUCUUUAA